AUGAAUCAAACAGCCAACUCAGUUUCUGCACUUCGCAAUAAGGUAAGUCCAAAGUUCUUUAGAAACUACAGAACACAUCAAAAAUAAAUAUUUUUAGGGGAUGAUGCUCCGACAAAUGAAACGCUACAAGCCAAAAAGUCUUCAAAAAGCCCUCGAAACUCAAGCCCCAACUCUUCGAACAAUGGAUCAACUUUAUGAUUGCUUCUACGAAUACUCAAGAAACUUGAUGGUUCCAAAGACUCCAAUCCCAACAACAAUCAAUCUUGAGAAACGCGAACAAAAUCAAUCGGAACUUCGAAUCAUUCUUCCACUUGCAACUGAUUCGGCAGCUCGUCUCAAAAUUGCUGAUAGUGAAGGGCAUAUCAGAAUUGGAAGACUUCUGGAAGCAGUUGAUAUUGUGGCACCUUGCUCAUGUUAUAUGUUGAAUCGAAGUGAUUUGGAAAGCAAAUGGUUUGCUGAAGGAACAUUGCCAAGAAUGUUUGUUACAUCAAAAAUUCACCAAAUCUCACUCAACGAUGCUUAUCGAAUCUCUCCAUAUCAUGAUUUGUACCUCACUGGAAAGGUAACUUGGACUGGAGAAAAUCACAGUGAAGCAACUGUAAGUGUUCAACAAAAUGGAAAUACAAUGCUCACUGCAAAACUUGUAUUUGCUUCAUUGAAUGCACAAAACACAACUCAAAAAUAUGCAGUCAAUCAACUUUCUCCAACAACUUCAUAUGAAACCGAACUUCUUAAUCGUCGUCAAAAAGUUAAUACUACAAAAGCAAUCACUCCAGAAUUAUUGGCUUUGGAGAAACCAGAAGUCAAGGAUGGAGAAAUCACAAUGUCAUCUACAGCUUUGGAAACAGUUUUGGUUGCUCAUCCAGAAAAUGAAAAUCCUUAUGGAUCAGUAUUUGGUGGAUUCUUGGUGAGACAAGGAAUCGAAACUGCUGAACUUUGUGCUAAACUCUUCGCAAAAUCUGAUGUUCGAGCAAUCUCCUUGGAUAGCGCCGAAUUUCUCAAAGUUAUUGAAAUCGGAAGUGUUCUCAAAUUCAAUUCAUAUGUUUGCAAUGUCUCUGGAAAUAUUGUACAGGUUUGUGAAUUCGCAAUAUUUUCUGGUUUUUAUCUGAAAUUAAUAAUUUACAGGUUUGCUCACAAGCCGAAGUAUACAACGAAGCAACACACAAGUUCGAAGUUUGCGAUCGAUUCUUGUUCAGUUUCGAAGCUGAAAAUCCAUCAAAAUGUGUUCUUCCACAAGUUGUUCCACACAAUAUGCAAGAAUUUGUUGCACAGUGGAAGGCAAAGAAUACACCAAAAAUCUAA